UUGUCGAUGGAAAUUUGUCUCGGCAAAAAUUUGUUGAUUUCGGGUGGUAGCAGCACUGGCAAAACUUCACUGCUGCGAGCGAUUGCUGGGUUAUGGGAAUGCACUUCAGGCACCAUUGAUUGGCAUUCCGAUGUAAGUGAUCUGAUUUUUGUGCCACAAAAUCCGUAUUUUCCAAGCGGUGGCACAACCCUCCGUCAACAGCUUCUUUAUCCUUCAACGGCGGAAAAAGGAGAAGCAGAAACGCAACGAAUAACCGAUUUAUUAACAAGCUUACAAAUGAAUAAGACAUUAAUCCGAUUCUCUGGACUUGAUGAAACUGUGGAAGGCGAUUGGUCUACUUUGGGAGAGGACUAA